CCUUGCUUCCCUCAGAUCUUGAAUGGCGACGUGAGGAUUUUGUUGAUUCUUAUUCUCACCUCCCUCUCGACUACGGUUAAGCUCACACCACGCUAGGCUUUCCUUUGCAUGCGUUAGGUGAACGUUUGCCUCUACAUCCACGUCACGUUCUUUUGCCGCUACUAGCCUCAAGCAGGCACUCAACGGUCUGGCCCCCACUGGUUGCCUGCGAACAAAUCGGUUUCUCAACACGAUCGCAUUUCCCGUAACAGCUCUCUGGUUGGUGGCCACAAACUUUACUUUGCAUAUCAACGCUCGUAUUUGUGUUACGAAUCGAACCGACGACAUUUUUGCUUCUCCCGAGAUUGACUUUUUCGACCGCUUGAUGUUGACUCGCACAUUCUCCGAACAUCCUUCGAAAUCAACCCCGAUCGUUAGGCACAAACUACCCGAGCUGAUCUGACCUGCCACCUUCGCUGCAAGCCCUGCUUGCAACAGGACUUCAGCCAAGAUGGUCAAGGCAGACUACAAUCGCGACUACUAUGCGGAUCUUGAACUUCCGCAGAAUGCAGAUGUGAACGAUGUCAAGAAGCAGUUUCGCAAACUUGCCCUUAAAUAUCACCCGGAUCGUAAUCCCGGACGCGAAGCCGAGGUGAACGCAAAGUUUCAGACUAUUCAGGCCGCCCAUGAAAUUCUCACCAGCCCGGAACAGAGGAGCAAAUACGAUGCACAUCGUGCACGCCGGCCCGGCGCAUCUAAUGUAAGGGGAAAUCCCUGGGCGGAUGUCGGCAGGAACUUCCCUCCGCCUCCGCAACGGAACCGUCCAAAUGCUUCCAGUGCUUCGUCGCGACCGGCGGGCACCACUUCUUCUGCCGAUAGAUAUGCCAAAUUCACCAACCAACCGCCACCAACGCCACCCAGGCCGGCCGAGGACCCAAAGUCGAGGGCGGAGGCAUUCGAGUCCAUGAGGCCAAAGCCGAGGCCUAGGGCCCCUACAGCCCCUCACUCAGGUGCGCAUACCGGCUCCAGUUCGUCCGGCGCAUCGACAAGACCCAGGCCGCCGGAUUCCCGACAGACUGCCUACACGGCAUCGCAGCAGAAAAAAGCAGAGGCUUCGUUUGGGAAUAGAACUGGUCGGUCAUUAAGGUCUGGCUUCGUGCCUGGAUCGCCCAUGGGGGAUGAGCCGCCUGUGGCCAGCAGCAACUAUUCAUCUGGCAGGAGACACACAAGCUUGUUCGAUGAGGCUGCAGCACCGCCCCCAGUCCCUCCCAGAGAACGACCGGAUUACGGCAGUGGUCUUGGUGCUGACGAUGGGUUCCCCCCAAAUCUCGAUCCUCGCAGCAGCCCGUACCAAACUCGGAGUGGUGAGAGAUUGAAUCCCUUUGAGGGAGGAACGUCUGUCAACCGGGCCAAGAGUACUAGGGAGAGUCACCGUAGGGCGCAAGACGAUCCUGAUCAUUUCACGACCCCAAAUCGCCAGCGUAGCUUCAGUGUAUCGGACGAACCGGAGGGUACAACAUAUCCUGCAACGGAGCCUAGGCAGGCAAACAUCAGCAGGAAGGCUACUGCAAAUACGGGGAAUAUACCCGACAGUGUUAGGGGAUCUCGAUUCGGCGACAAAUUCUCAUCAAAUGCCGGUCCGGGAAUGCCCGCGGCCUCAUCGACAGGCCAUGGUUUUCAUGACGGCUCCGCGCCACCGACAACGAGCGGCGCAGCCGCCGAUGGUUCUCAUAGUUCUCGGGCAUUCAGAGACGGCUCGGAUCCCCAUCCCAAUGUGUAUGACGUCGCAGACCCUACAACUCACCCCUCGAGCUUUCCUUUCGAGGCAUCCCCGGCUCGCCCAAUUCCUGCUGCCAGUGCGACCGUUAGUAUCGAUCGCCACUCACAAUCAGUGUGGAAAAGUGGUAGCAGACGGCUUUCCAGUGGAGGCCGUAGCAUGAGUGCCUAUUCCGACUUGAAUGUUUUCGAACAGAAGCAGUUUGACCUGCUUGAUAAGCUUGUCGGGAAGGAACCGAUGCGCAAAGGGGAAACGGGUUCGGUGCGGGCGUCCCAGUCCAAGGAGACUAGACAUCCACCCGAAAGCUUGAGCCACUUGAAUCCAGCAUCGAGAUAUCAUUGGUAUAAGGAGACUGACAAGUUUGACUAUUCCAGCUUCCCGCAAAACCCGAAUAACGGCAUACAUACAGAUGCCGCAGAGCCAAGCAGCUUCGCGAGAAAUAGUGCAGAUUCCAUCAACACUAGGUUUGUUCCUGAUGAGCACACAAACGUUAACUGGCAGUUCAAUGCUGGCGGCGACUUUAGCCCAAGUACGAAUGGGGCAGGGUCCCGCCGCACACAGUCUGGUAGCCGACUCGGUCGACGAUCCCCUACCAAAGGCCGCUCACGGAUGGCGGGCAUGGCUGCAGGUGCUGCGGCAGCCACUGCUGCUGGAAUGGCCGCUUCUGGUGCAUUUAGAAACGUAGGCUCGGGUUCGGAAGGUAGCAGCGAGGACGAGGGCAAUCUGCGGGCACGCGCCGAGAAACAACCUUCACCGCAGCAACAGCAAGAUCAAUCAGGCUUCGACGCCGACGUCUGGAGUGACAAGAUCGGCUCUGAGCAUUUCGUGCCGGUGCCUCCGCCUCGGGGAUCGGGCUCACCAACACGGCCGCCAAUGCGACCUCCAAAGAGGCGGCCUACGGUCAGAAUGACGAAGGGAGGCUCGGCUGGUCUUGUGGAGGAAGAGGACACAACCAGCGGCGAAGAUCGGGCAGGCGGAGUUGCCGUGGAUGGCAUGGACAGCUCGAACGCUAUGGACAUCGACACACCCAUGGGCGAGUCUACUGCUGUGCCCCAGGCUGGGGCGGCUAAUGGUGUACGGGGGGUACCGGUCGAACCAUCUCGACCAGAAUGGAGGGCCGGUGAUACAAACGGCUUCGCUACUACGGCACCUCCCACUACUGUUCCGGUCUCCGAUCCAUCGGGUAUCAAGCCUCGGUUCAACGUUAGCAAUGCUGCCGGGUCGGAAGACACGGAUGAUUUUGGUGCAGGUUUUGCUGAUCUCAAGAACGUGGAGCCGAUUGCCCAGCGUGCAGCCGGCCUCAACUCGUUUGAUGAUCUGAAGACACAUUUACCUUUUGAGAGCAGAGCUUCAGUUAACGUCCCUGUUGACAAGCCAAAGGGAAGUCAAGAGGCAUCCAUAAACUUUCCCAAACCGCCAGUGCCUCCGCGUGCUCCAGCUCCAUUGGCGAUUUCAGGUCUCAAGCCAAGCGGAUCUGCAUGGGAGGCGCAUGUCCACGAGUUCGAGAUUUACUUGCGCGAGUGGGAUAACUUCAACUCCAAAUUUGUGGACCAUGUGCUCGCCCGGCAGAACCAGCUUAACAAGGCAAAGCAGAAGAGCGGGCUUUCGCUGUUGUACGCACGCAACGUCAAGACCAUGCAAGAUUAUGCCAGCUGGCUUGAGCAGGAUCAACAGGUACACGAAAAGUGGACAGCAUACCACAAAGAGCACCUCAAACGGGUGCAAGAGUUCAUGGCACACCAGGAGAAGAUGAAGGAGUAA